AUGAAGUACUCUUUUGUUUUACUAGCGUCUGCUGCCCUUGCGGCCCCAGCUGUCAACCACCACCACCACAACGAACGUCGUGAGGUCGUCACCGUCGUGCAAUACGUCGAUGGUCAGGGCAACGUUUUGAGCACCAACGCUCCAGGUUACACCACCACCGUGUCGCCAACCUCUUCCGCUGCUGCUUCUUCCACCUCGUCUGCUGCUGCUGCAUCUGGCUCUUCCAGCUCGAGCUCGAGCUCGUCUUCUAGUUCCUCCUCAGAUAUCAGUGGCGACUUGUCUGCCUUCUCUAACCCUUCUAGCGAGUUCCAAGACGGUACCAUCAAGUGUUCUGAUUUCCCAUCUGGCCAAGGUGUCGUCGACUUGUCAUGGGUUGGUUUCGGCGGUUGGGCCUCUAUCAUGGACAUGGACGGUAACACUGCAUCCUCUUGUCAAGACGGUUACUACUGUUCUUACGCUUGUCAAGCCGGUAUGUCCAAGACUCAGUGGCCUUCUGAACAACCAUCUGACGGGAGAUCCGUUGGUGGUUUGUACUGUAAGGACGGCUACUUGUACCGUUCCAACACUGACAACAACUACUUGUGUGAAUGGGGUGUCGACAGUGCUUACGCCGUCAACAACAAGAACUCCGAAAUCGCCAUGUGCAGAACUGACUAUCCAGGUUCCGAAAACAUGGUUGUUCCAACUCUUGUCGGUGCCGGCUCUUCCCAACCUGUUUCUGUUGUCGAUGAAGACUCUUACUACUCUUGGAAGGGUAUGAAGACUUCCAGUCAGUACUACGUUAACAACGCUGGUGUUUCUGUCGAGGAUGGUUGUAUCUGGGGUACCGAUGGUUCUGGUGUCGGUAACUGGGCCCCUGUCGUCUUGGGUGCUGGUUACACUGACGGUCUAACUUACUUGUCCAUCAUUCCAAACCCUAACAACAAAGACACCCCUAACUUCAAUGUAAAGAUCGAGGCCACUGACGGCUCUUCGGUUAACGGUGAAUGUUACUACGAGAACGGCUCAUACAGCGGCAGUGGAUCUGACGGUUGCACUGUUACUGUUACUUCUGGUUCUGCUAAUUUUGUUUUCUACUGA